UCCGCGCUCUCCGCUCCAUUCUCUCUAUUUCACCUGCGCUCCACCGCUGACAACACCACUACUUGGGGUUCCCUUUCGGACUUUCCACGCCGCCUUCGCACCGCUACAGUGACAUAUCUCCGGGCAGUCGGCUAUUUGAGCUCCUCACUCCGACUUCAAAUCACCAUUUGUCGCCAGAGGUUUUCCCUGGACCUUGAGUCUACUUUCCAAGGAUGGAGUCUGCUGCUUUCCUGUUGCUGUUUUCCGUGUGCGCUGGGACGCUUCUUCAAGUGUGGGCCUCAGAUGUGACGGCCUUGUACGGAGAGACCAUUGUUGUACCGUGCAAUGGAGGAUCGCCGCCUCUGAACGAUCUGAUGUUCAUCAAGUGGAAAUAUGAGAAAGCUGACGGCUCGCCCGGUGAUCUGCUGGUCAAACAGGACCAGAAGGAGGCCACGGUCCAGGCCACUGACGGAUACGCCUCUAGAGUCAGCAUCGACGACAAGUACAACCUCCUCAUCACCGGGGCAACGCUCAUGGACCAGCACACCUUCACCUGCAUGGUCGUGUCCGCCACUAACCUCAACGAGUUCCCCGUCUCCGUCCUCGUGCACAAGAAGCCGACCGCGGUGCAGAUCAUGGACAAGGCGGAGGUGCUGCAGAAAGACAAGCCAACAAUGGUUGGAACAUGUGUCGUAGCAGAUGCUAACCCCGUGGCUAGCAUCACAUGGAAGAAGAAUGGGCAGACCUUGGUAGCUGACGAUAAAGUUGUCUUAAUCACCACCAGCACCAAGGUGGAGCCCUCUACCGGCCUCUCCACGACCUCGUCCAUCCUGCAGUAUGUGGCGUCUAAGGGGGAUGCUGAGGCGGUGUUCACCUGUGGGUCCAAGCACCCGCUGGGAGACGACACUGCCAACGUGGGACCCUUUUCUGUGCAUUAUCCAUCGGAGAAAGUUAGCCUUCAAGUCCUGAGCAAGGGUCCGAUCAUGGAGGGGGAUAACGUGACAUUAAAGUGCCAUGCUGACGGCAACCCCCCACCCAAAGCCUUCUACUUCCACAUCAAGGGCCAGAAGACACUGGUGGAGAACUCUGACACGUACACUGUUGCAAGCAUCAGGCGUGACGCAGGCGGCGAGUAUAAAUGUGCCCUGGCCGACAACGAGAAAAUGGAGGCGUCCCAGAGCAUCGUGGUCAGCUACCUCGACCUGUCUCUGAGCCCGAUUGGGAAGGUAGUGAAGACAGUAGGGGACACCUUGCCUGUGAAGAUGGAGAAGAGCUCCUCGGGCGAAGCUAUCGUGUCAUGGAGUAAGGACGGGAAGCCGGUGAAGGAGCCUGUUUUCUCCAUGCUGACGUACUCGGAUGCGGGCGCCUACAAAUGUGAAGUGUCCAUGGGAGGCAUCACCAGACAUCAGAGCUUUGAGCUGGUGGUGGAGGGUAAACCCAUGAUCACAGCUCUGACCAAACAGCGCUCAGUUGACGGAAACCACAAAGUCUUGACCUGCGAGGCCCAGGGCGUACCAGAGCCCAUCUUCCAAUGGAGCGUCAACGGAUCCAACGAGUGGAGCGCCUAUUCCAAUGGCAAGGCUACCCAUAAAAUUACUGUAAUACCCAAGGUGAACCUAACCGUCACCUGCAUCGUCAGCAACAAGCUAGGAGAAGACGCUAUGACCAUCAACGUCUCCUCUGUUUUUAAUGAAGAUCCAGACAAUAAAGGUAAAGAUUCUCAGGAGGAGUCCGAUGACCAGGCCAAGCUCAUAGUGGGCGUGGUUGUGGGUUUGAUUCUCGCCGCUGGAGUCGUGGCUCUCAUCUACUGGCUCUACAUGAAGAACUCAAGACAAGGAAGCUGGAAGACGAACGAGAAGGAGGUGGGAACAUCCGAGGAGAGCAAGAAGCUAGAGGAGAACAAUCACACUGUUUAAAAGGCCGUCCUGGCUCGACUAACUGGAAUAAAAGAGAAGCGAUUGAAGGCGGCCUUGCAUCACCCCUCCUCCUCCUCCUCCUCUUCCUCUUCCUCCUCCUCAUCGGAAGACUCCCAAUCGGCUGCUUUGAUUCGCUCCAUCAGGCAACAACAUAAGCAAGCUACACCCCGAGAACUCUGCUCCACCUCCUCCUCCCUCCCUGUCUGCCCCUCUCCUCCUCUCUCCCCUCCCCACCCUGUCUCCCCCUCCCAUCUGUCCCUAAUCUUUCCCCCUCUCUCCUCAUUCCACUCUCUCCCCUCCUCCUUUCCUCUCUCCUGUCUCCUGUCUCACCUCCUCUCCUCCUUUCUCUCUCUCUCACUCUGUCUCUCUCCCACCCUCUCUCCUGUCUCCCCUCUCUCCACUCUCUCCCCUCCUCUCCUCUCUCAUGUCUUCCCUGUCUCACUCUCUCUCCUCCUCCUCCUUUCUCUCUUUUUCCCCGCUCUUUCUCCCUCUCAUCCUGUCUGCCCUCUCUAUCUCUUCUCCCUCACUCCCCUGUCUCCCCUCUCUCCUCCUCUCUCUUCCUCCCAUCUGUCCCUUAGCUCUCCCUCUCCUCCUUUCACUAAUCUCUCCCGUCUCUCUCCCCGUCUCCCUCACUCUCUCACCCCGCCCCUCUCCUCCCCUCCUCCUCCCUCCCUCUGUCCCUCCCUCCUCCCCGUGCCCUCUGACCCCGCCCUAUCUGCACUGAGGCUGCCGUGUUACUGUGUCAUUUCUUUCCCAAACGUUGUGUUCCUGGUGAAUGCUCUUUGUUCUUUCUGUUCGAACGAUUUUCUGUGUGUAAGGCUGUGCGGCGCCGUUAAUUUCAAAUUUAUUUCAUUUUUUUUUUUUUUUUUUUUUAAAGAUUUCGUUUGUGGAUCUCUUCAAAGAAUGUAAAUUCCUGUACACUUUCUAAAGGCCUGUAUAAGAAAUCUACAGUUAUGCGUGUGCCCUGGCUGAGCAUGCCACGUUUAUUUUUUUUAUUUUUAAUUUUGUGUGCGCUGUGUGGAAAGAAGGCCUUAGUUUGAGAAAAAUAACUUCACUGCUGUAAACCGGACCUGUCGACAUAAAAAACAAAAAAAACAAAAAAAACAAAAAAAGCAAAAAAAAAUAUAUGCAUUUCAGGCUUAAGUGAGCGUUAAUGACACUUCAGCUCAUGUUUUAGUUUUUACACUUGUAUACAGAUCAUCACCUUGGUCUAUUUAAAAAAAUGAAUGAUUUCUUCUUUAACACAUAGAAAACACUAUGCUUAGACACGUACACGGGUUGCCAUGCCGAUACGGUGGAGCUAUAGAAAAUAAUUGUAAGAUGUUUUCAUUUGAAAGAGUUCACCUGCAGCCAGUCUAGGUCAUGCUCUUGUUUUGUUGUUUUAUUUUUAAAAGCUUUACUGAUGCCAUGUCUGAAUGUACUGUCUUUUAUUUUUAUGUAUUUAUAAUGUGGAUGGCUGUGCUGCACCAUGUUUGAUUUUUUUUUUUGUUUUUUUUUUGUUUGCCUUGUUGUUAGGCAGACUUCAAGUGUUGCAUAGGUACUCUGCUGUUCCACUAAAGACAGUAUGUGCAGUGUCCAGGCUCAAACUCUGCUGUAUUAAAUGAUUAUGUUCUUAGGUCUUGUUGGUUUGAUUAGAUACCCACAAUGCAACACUACAGCGACUGUAUUGUAGAAUGUGCUGACGAAAGAGUGACAGAGGACAAAUCAUGCGUUACCCAUUAAAGCUGCACUGUGUAACUUUUCUGAUAGAGGGUUUAACACACAAUGGAUUUGUUUGGAAUGUUCUAAACCUUUACCGUUAGCGUGGUCGCUUCUCCACAGAUCUGACCUAUAAAUUGUCCUGCACGCAUGUUUCCAUGUAGAUAAGUAAGAUUAAGGCCAAGUUUGGGACAUUUUAUAAUAUCUCCAUGGAGACAACAUGGUGCGCCCGCUACCAGAAAAGUUACGCAGUACUUCUUUAAAUGAAUAGUUCAGCAUUUUGAAAUGUUUUUUUAGUUUACUAAUUGGGUUCCAACCAGUAUUUACAAUAAACCAAAAUAAACCAAACUGACUAAAUAUUGACUUAUCUCUUUAAAGGCACACUAUGUAACUUCUCUGGGGAGGGGUACGCCACCUGCUGGUCUCUGUUGUUCCGCAGUGUAGCAUUAACUUAUGUAUAUUGCUUGUAAUUACCUUGAAAAACAUGCAUAAGAAUGUGAGCAGUGUCUCCACAUAUUUUUUCCUGUAGCUUGUCUUUGCUUGUCUCCAUGGAGAUAGAUAAGUCCAAUGCCAUACUGUGGGAUAUUUCAGGCAAAGCAAUAACAUCUCUAUAGAAACAAGCAGUUGGCGAAUUCCUACACAGUGCGUCUUUAAGAAACAGCUCAGAUACAUAUAUAACAGAUUUUCAUUCUCACAUAACAUUACGCUUUGUAGAGACUGUAGUGCCACAGUGUUAGACUAUGGUGUCUAUUUUGGAAGCCGUCUAUAUGUGCAUAUAUAGAACACGUCAUCAUUUCCCACUGACUUGAAAAGCUGUUAACGUACUUAACAAGAAGGAACGCGCUCCAUGUACUACACCACGUCCUUGUCUCCUUCUGUGUCACUUUGACACCUACUAAACCUGUCCUCAGAAGGUCCAAACCACGAGUAUAGACACAGGGAGCGCUAGCACAACACGAGAGCUCGAGGUCAUUCGGCGUCAUCGUUUUUGUUCAUUUUUUCGAAUAAUCAGGUCAGCAGUGAAACCAAAGAGGGUAAGAUGAGAAGGCCAUAGUAGUGUUGUAAAUACAGACUUUUGUUUUUGUACUGUUGUUGACAAUAAAGUGUACAUUUUGAAAAAAA